AGGAUUCGGUGCUUUCACUGCCAGGGCCUGGGUUUAGUCCCUGGUCAGGGAACUGAGACCCAGUAAGCCACACAGUGCACCAAAAGAAAAAGAAAAAGGAAAUUUUAGUCUAACAACACAGUGGGGAUCCCAGGGACAUGUCACAAGAGGGUUAAGGUAGAAGGACUUGUUCUGGGAUUUGGCCCUUGUCAGGCGAUGCGGGGAGCAUUCUGGGUUGGUGCUGUCAGGAAGCAGGGUUAGUUCUAUGGUAUUUUAACCAGUCUUAUCUCGAAGGCCGGAGGAAUGAAGCAAAGCUAACGGUCUAGCUGGUCGAGAAGCAGCAGUCACUCGGCUCAGCCAGGACGGGGGCCACAUGGUCAUAUUUGUAGUUUGGAUGACGUUCUGUUCUUGUCUGAGUUCAGACAUGACUGUUACUGGCCUUGUUUGGCCUUGAGCCCAUCACAGGCAGAGCGGCCCUGUCGGUUGGGGCUUCUGGGAAGUCACCUUCACUGAAGUGGACCAAGGCCCCCCCAGCUGGGCCAGUUUCCCGUCCACACUGCCUCUCUCCUCCCCCGUGCCCCUUCUAGCUGAGGGCAGACGAGGUCAGCCCUCAGGCCGCUCAUCUCGAUACCCAGAACUCUGCCCUUGACAAAGCAUGCAGGUCAGGAGGUUUGUAGCUGGACUGUGUGUGAUUAGACCUCCCACUUUUGUGCAUGUGAGCUGUCCAGUCCUCUCAUGGGGCAGUUGCUGCACUUAAGGCUCUGGACAGCAGACAUCAGCCACCACAACACAGGCAGAUGUCAGAAACAAAACUGGCUGUUGGUUGUGGUACCAGAUCCGGAAGACAGAGACCUCGACUGCCAAACCCAGGCCCUGAAAACCGCCCCAGAGUCAGGCUCAUCUUUCCCUAGAGACCCCAUUGACUUUUUUUUUGGAGGUCAGUCAUGAGCUGUGUACUUGACCCCAUUGACUUUUUUUUGGAGGCCAGUUAUGAGCUGUGUACUUGACCCGUGGUAUUUAUACUGAUGCUGCAAGAAGUGUCUGUUCCAAUACAAAUUCCUGUUGGUUAGACAAGGAGAAAUUCAGGGCUUUGGGAUCCACUAGCAAAUUUACAUCCGCCCGGUUCAUUGGGCUUCCAUUAUGGGAAGCUGGGGUUUCCUAACUCCGAGAACCCUGUCUUCUGUCCUGAUUCUGGAGGCUUCCGAGGAGCGAGCUGCCUCUCCAUCACGCCCCCUGCAUGCUUCUUGGAAGGGGUCAUUGGUGUUACAAAACUGAAGGGCUUGAAUUAAAAGGCGGCCUGUUGGUCUGUUGGAACAUUCCUCAACAAUUAACUGGGCAGCUGCUCUGCCCACCCCAGGCUCUCAGAAGCUUGCCCGCUCACCCACGUUCUCUGGUGUCCUAGCAACCGGAAACUCAUCUGAGCUCCAGCCGGGACAGAGGCCAUUUUCUCCCUGACCACUGUGACUUGCAGGCUCCCCGGGCCCCUGAGGACCUGUCCGUACAGCUUGCGGGUCCACUGAAAGCCACCGUUUGUCCCCAUGGACUCCCAGAAGGCCAGCCCAGCCGGCCCCUAACCCCGGCAGAAUGAGCUUCUCGCUCACGUUCUCGGAGCUGGUCAACAUCGCCGUCCCACAGUGCAGGGUGGUGAACUUCAAGGCCCUGCACCUCCUACUCCAGGGUAUCCUGGAGCACAUCCACAUGGCUGACCUUGAGAAGGUCCUCUCGGCGGAUGAGGACUUCCUCCACACCUCGCCAGCCAUGUUCAUGCCCCGGGAAGGAGACUCCCAGCCCAUCCUUAACCCCAUGAAGAGGCUCGGCAACAUCUUCGACCACCUGGUGAGCCAUGUGGACAAGAUGGAGAACCAGCUGGCCGUGCUGCAGGAACUGCCCUCCACCUCCCAGCUGCUGGAGGGCAGCCAGGGCACUGGCCAGCCCGCCCAGGACUUAUGGAACCUGAUAAAGCUCCGGAUAGUGGAGGGCAACGAGGAAGCCAUGGCCAAGUCCAUGAAGACCCUGCAGGAUUUGCUCACCGACAUUUAUGCACUCAGGGUCACUGUUGAAACCUUCAGGAAGGAUGUGGCCAUGCUGAAGGACAUGUUUGACAAGAUGCAUCUGGAAAGAAUAGAUGCUUUCUCUGAAGACUUGAAAGGGCAGAACUGGAAGAUGAGUGCACUGCGGUGGGAAGUGAUUUCUCUCCAGAACAAGAUAACCACCAUGCCCAAAACUGAGGACAUGGUGCUCUGGAGCAGCCUCCAUGAGGCCAUGUUCACCCCGGGAACUGCUCCACAACUGCCGGAUGAUUCCAAGCAGUGGCAGAUUGCGGAACAUGUUGCAGAGAUUGACCUUCCUCAGAUGGCUGAGUACCACGAAGAAGUUAGCCACGGCCAGCUACAGGAGGAGGAGUCUGCCCAAGCAGCUCUGCUUCCCAGGGCCCAGGGGCCGGACCAGGCCCAAGUGCUCGAACCUGGGCCUGCGCCUGGACCUGGGCCUGCGUUUGGACCUGGGCCUGCCCCUGGACUGGGGCCUGCCCCAGGUCCUCAGCCCACACAAUCAGGAUCCUGGCCUGUACCACCACGAGGCUGUCCUCCUCCCAGAGGCUUGCCCAGGACUAACUUGGGCUAUUUCCAGUCUGGCCUAGGGCUGUCGGGCUCCCUGUCUGCCCAGCUCCAGGGCUCUAGGACCCUACCCCCAGCCACAGAACUAGGCUCAGCUUAGCCUCAUUUACUGCAGUCAUGGUCUCGCCAGGGAGACACAUCCAAGCUCUCAGCUCUCUCAGAAAAGGAGGAGGAAUAUUCCUCCGUGGAAGUGGGAGUCCCUCAGGAUGGAGCCCCAAGGGCUGAGGCCUCCGCGGAAGUACUCCCUAAGGGAUCCCCGUCUGCGGUUCAGCAGAUAAAAUCCAAUGCUGCCAUUGCAGCUGCUGCCGCAGCCACCUUCACAGCUGCAGCGACAUCGGCAGCCCGGGCAGCUAAAGCGGCUGCCAGGCUGGUCAGGGACACCCCGGCCACCAAAUUGGCCACCAUAGCAACAGCCGUGGCCGCAUCCGGGCCCUUAGGGGUCCUUGCAGACAUCCUGGGCACAGGGACCUCCCGUGGGGCCUUCACCAAGGACGGCGAGAUGGAAGACUUGCAGGAGGUGGACUGUGAGGACGUCCUCUCUCCUUCAUUCUCUUCUGCCCGUGUCCCUCCCAACAUGGCCCUGUCCCAGGCCAUGCUGGCUGCCAAACAGGCCAUGACCCCUGAAGACAAGAAGAAGGCCGUCAGGUAUUCCAUGAGCCACAUAGCCCAGAUGCCUAUUAGACAUGACUCCCUGAAAGAAGAGUUUGCCCAGCUGUCAUCCAACCUGCAUCAGCGUAUGACUUAUCUAGCUAAUAUGGGAGCCUCUUCCAAGCUUGGGACAACGGCGGACGUAUUGCAAGAAAAGAUUGGCAGCCUCCAGAAAUCCAGGAUGAGGGAGGAGGAACUUGAGAGAAUUUGGGGCCACCAGAUAGAGAUGAUAAAGGACCACCACCUCGUGCUGGACAGGGCAGUGGACAAGCUCCAGAUUCGCCUGGAUGAGUUUAAGGUUGUCCAUUCUCAGAUUAAAAACCUAGAAAUGUACAAGGCAGACAAAAGUGCGAUGGAGCAGGAGCUGAAAGAGAAAGCCGACAGGCGCUCCCUGGCAGGCAAGGGAAGCCGGGCUGACCUGGACGCAGUGACGAUGGAGCUGAAUGAGACAAUUCAGGGCAUGCUUUUCAGGGUUAUGGCCAAUGAGGAUGACUGGAAGAAGACUGUGGAGCAGCUGGACAAAGACCUAUGCACCAAGCUGGUUCCCAGUGAUUUGGACGAUCUGAAGAAAGACAUGGAUGAGGUCUGGAAAGUAGUCAGGAAGCUGCUGAUUGAAGGCUUCUGGUUUGACCCCGACAGUGCUGCCGGCUUUAGGAAGAAACUGUUUGAGUAGGUGAAAUGUAUCUCCGGCCACCGGCCUGUGAAGAUGAUGACCAGCCCGCAACUCAUCACCAUCCGCAGUGCCCGCCUGCUGUCGCGGCUGCGGCCGGCCAGCGCCAACAGCUACGAGUACCUGCAGCGGCAACAGGUGAGGUGACAGCAGCUGCAGAAGCUCCAGAACCUUGCAGCCCUGGAGGGGAGCCUGGACUCGCUGGGCUCCCAGCAGGACUGGGGUGAUGGCCCCGGAAAUGAUGCCAACCUUGAUUUCAAAUCAUGUAACUUGUCGACAAUCUACCCCUACAGGGACCCUGAGUUGUUGGACUAUGAUUCCAUGAGUCAGGCCGAGGUGGACAUCCUGGGAGUGGACGGGAUCCUGUACAAGGGCCGAAUGAACAGCAAGGACAGGGCGCGGCCUCUGACCGACACAGAGAAGGAGCUGGCAGUUGUUAAGGUUCCGCAUCCCCCAGCUCGAAGCCCAUAUGAGGGUGCGCGCCCGAGUGCCUUAUUUUGUGCCAUCUACCUCUGUGACAGCCUGCCCCCCCAAACCAGCAUGGGCUCAGCCACCUCAGGCCCCCCCGACAUGCCAGCUCAGCCUUCGUCUCUGCCUCCCCUGCCACUGCUGCCACAGCUGAUGCCAUCCCUGCAGGAUCCCCAGCCGGCCGCAGGGCCUGCCGGGCACCCAAGGCCUCUGCGCCUUGAGUCCCAAGCCGGCAUGCGGUCCGCCAAGGAGCCCACCAAGCUGUGAGCCUGCAGUGCCAGCGUCGCCCCCUCCCCCCAGCAGGUGGAGACCCUGCCCUGAGCCUAGUCUGGGGAAGGUGCAGGGGCCCUGGACUUAGGGGAGGGUCUCCAUAAGGAGCUCAUUUUGAUCCAGUAGCUGUUUUAACUCUCAUAUAAAUAUCUGUAACACGAUCCUUCUCAUGCUAUGUUUCAUGGAGAACACAGCUUUCUAGAUUGAACUUCCCACUAAACCAAUUUAAUUCCUUGACCAAUUUUCAAUACAACACAAAGUGGUUUUAAAAACAAUCAAUUUCCUUUUUAUUUUGCUGAAAUGAUUUUAUCAGAAUCAGUUCCAAUUACAGCUAACGCCACUGUCCAUUUUCUUUGGGGACCAUUAUUUCUACCAGGACCAAUUUUCUCAUGGGAACCACAUUUUAUUGCAUGCAUGGUUUUUUAUUGUCUGUUGAUUGUUCCCACCAGUAAUUACUGUUAUGAGUUGGAUAUUUAAAGAACCUGAUUGUUUGUAUUUACUUCUGGCUAAUCCAUGAGGCACUUGGAGCAAUGGCCCUGGAAUCCUCCAGGACCGCUCUGUCCUGUUUGGCAUCUUUCUGCCUCUUUGGUUCCCGCGCUCACUGCCUAUGCACUUGGUGGGGGGGGGGGUGUUAAAGCGUCCUGAUUUGGGGUUCAGAGCCUGGCCUGCUCACUCCUGCCUGGCGGGUCCUGCAGCCUGGCAUGGUUUCUGCCCCUUGGACGGUUUACUGGUCUCUCCUUCUCCGUUUCGCGUUUUCUCUCUUUCCACCCCCUAGGUUGUCCAGUUGCGCCCUCUACCCUUUCUGUGCUUCUGAUACUUCUAUCACAUUCCACAAAGACUAAAAAAAAAAAAUUUCCCUCUGAAUAGUUUUGGGGCAUGGCUCCCCCAAACAUCCACCAGAGGCUCCUGGAGCGAGUCAGGGAGUAGGGUGGGCAAGCUGCCCGGGGGUCCGCCCUGGGGGAGCCAGGGUGCUGGCAUGGAGGAGGGUUCUCUGGACGGGCAGCCAAAGGAGUCCUGGAUGCUGCGUGCCUGCCCCUCCCCACCAGUUGUCCCCCAGCCCUGCCUCUCCCUCCCCCUGCUCCUCACCUGCAACCACUCCUGACUUCUCUUUUCUUUCUCCAAGGACUGUGUCCAAAUGAGGCCGAGCUCUUCCUGACCCAGGUGACCGACACCGCCUUGGGGGAUACUGGCCAGUGCAUCUCUGUCCCCACCCCCAUAUCACAGAUGAGUGUUUUUGUCAGCUUCUCCCCAGAAUAAAAUCUUUCACUUUUCUGAUCGUGGAUAAGGGUGACUGGCCCCACGCCCUCUGCGAGGGGAGGCCUUGCCAGUCCCACAUGGGUGGGUGGACCUGCCAGUCCUUCCUCGGGCCAUCAGCCCAGGGUCAGCCUCCCAGAACCACUGUCCAGAACCACCAUGGCUGAGUCUCAGCAGAGAAUCACAACAAACCGCCCCUCCCCCAUCACGUUGGUUGCCCCGUGGCAAAGCGCCCCGUGUGGCCCUGGUCCUGUGUGGUGGGCAGAUCACGGGCCUGUGGGAGGGGCAGUGGUGUGACUUGCCCAGGGUCACACAGUGAGGCCUUAGCUCUCCGGCCACCUGCCCAGAAGGCUGUACUUCUUGGGUGGGUGCUGUACACAGGUAUGAGGGGUCCAACUUUCAGGAAAAGGAGGUGUGGCCUGGGCUCGGGCAGAUGGAGAGGUGGGGGCUUUUAGGGACACGCCCAUGCCAGGUGUGGUCAGGCUUGUCUCCUGCACUGCAGCCUUGACAUGUGUGGAACCACAGGCAUCCAAGCCCUGCUCUUUCAGCCCCUCAUAGCUGCCUUCCCAGCCCAUUUCUCAGAUUUACCAAUGGAAUCAGUGCUUGUGGGUUCCUGCAGCCCAGGGAGCGAGGAGCAAGACCCAGGUAGGUCACUGUGUAACCAUUUUCAUACUGACAGGCCUACUGGGUGCUUUGAAAGGUGGGGAACCAUGAACCCAACUGCAGCCAGCCAGGAGCCAUCUUGAAGAUAACAGUUCUAUCUCCCGUGGGGGUUGGUAGGGAAGCCAACCUUUGACCUGAUCCCAGGUGGGAGGUGCAGGCAGGAUCUUUGCCAAGGACAAGGCUUGCCUAUUCUAGCCCCACCCCCGGGGGUGGGACCUGCAGGUCUUGGCAGCUGGGAGGGAGGUACUGCACCUACUCCUGGGGCUGCUGCUCAGAAGGGUGGCCCACCCCAUCCCAGCAGGGGAAGGUGCUUGGGGAGCAGACAGAACUGGGGAUGGGGUCAGUAGAGUGGGAAUUUUUGGAGGCCCUGGGUCCAGCUUCCUCUUCUGCAGGGGGGACCACAGCUCCUGGCCUGGGACACAGUGGCAGGGCCAAGCUGGACAAGGAGUAGGGUGACCAACCAUCCUGGUCUGCCUGGGAGUGAAGGGGAUCCCUGGAACUUUCAGUUUGAAGACCAAGAAGGAAUUCCCUGGUGGUCCAGUGGAUAGGACUCCGGGCUUUCACUGCCAAGGGCCCAGAUGCUCCUGAUGAAGAGCAAAUCCCCUUCAGAGAUUCCAGCAGAUGCAAGACAGACGCUGGACACGCACAUGUCCAUGGUGGGCAGAGGAGUGGCUGGCUGGCCAGGGACACGCUGAGCUAUGUCCCCACCGUGGUGGUCAGCUUCAACCAUUUGUGGCCUUAAGGGAACUUGGUCCAGAUAUUACAAAUUUUCCAAGUGCUGGCCGACAAAUCAAGCCCAACAGCACAUAUCAGAGGCCUGUGAAUCUGCAAACCCCUAAGACAGCCACGCCCUGAUCAUUUAACAUCAGACCUGAAGGGCUCACCCACUGCUUGUCACCUGGGGAGGCCGGGCCUCCAUUCCACAUGCUGCCAUGUACCCUCUUCAGAAAUGAGAGCUCCAAUCACAUUCUUUCCAGCAAUCUCAUGGAUGCAAAUGGUGUUUUCACAAUGGAAUCUUGGAAAGAGAGCAAUCUGGAGCUCAAGUCUAGUGGUGACGAAGCCCAGAGGCUGGACUCUUGAGGUGACAAGGCUGGUCUUCUCUGUGUGCUGCUAAAGCAGCUCCUAGGAGGUGCCCGAGGUGGACAGCUGAGGAUGGCUGUAAAUGUGAGUCUCUUCCGUUCCUACAUCAGCAGCUUUGCUUUUUAGCCAGUUUACACUUGAAUGUGUAGUAGGUGGUUACUGACUCCUUCAGUUUUGCUUCUGAGACUCAAGGUUUGGGGAAAUUGAAGUUCCUGGUUCUGUGCUGCCCUUGAGUUCUGGGUCACGUGGCAUCUAUGUUGUCCCACCUCUAGCUCCCCUUGAGUGAGUUUUCCUGACCCCUUUGCUUGCCUGAGAGAUGCUUAGAUGCUCACACCUGGCAGGGCCUCAGCAUUGCUGGAAAGCUCCAGCCCUGCCCUCUGCCCCGUCCUGCUCCAGUUUCCACUGUGCCUGGGGCCCUCGUUAGAAAUCAGAUUCCUAACCAGUUUGCAGGGCAGAAAUAGAGACACAGAUGUAGACAACAAACAUAUGGACACCUAGGGGAGAAAGUGGUGGUGGUGGGAUGAAUU